AUGCUAAAGAUAUUCUUACUUCUGACAAUUUUAUUUGAUGUAAAAUAUCUCUUAAUACCUCUAUGUGGAGCUCUAACUCCAAUCUCCUCUAUUAAUGAGGAUAUACCUGAUGCUGAGUUGGCACGUCUAUCACAGCAUGUCUUACCUAUUAUCUCUAAGAGAUAUGGCUUUGAGAUAUAUUCCGAUAGUAUACGCAUGGACUCCAGAUCUAGAUGUAAAUCAGAAAAGGGUGAGAUGAACAGAGAAUAUAAAAUACAAUCUAAUAUAUUAGAAUAUCUAAACUCCCAUGUAAAUUCCUACCUGUUUCUUUUAGGGGUGCUAUAUUGGUGUAUACAUAUGUAA